AUGAUAAUUCAAUGGAUGAUCAACUGGUUAUUCAAUGGAAAAAAUAAGAAAAAGGCAAAAGAAACUGAAACAGAUUCAGAACCAUCGAAAAAAGGAAAAAAGAAGAAACCAAGUAAAGAAGAAAGUGGCGAAGGGGAAGAUGAUGAAGAAAAUAGUGGGACACAAGUUACAAAAACAAAAUCUGUAAUUACAAAAAGGAAGGGGUUGAAGAAGAAGGGAAAACAAAUGAAUUCUCGAAUGCCUAAACAGAACAAAUGCCGCUUUGUAAGAUCCAGCCGAUCGGAAGGAGACAGAAGUCACGUUGGCAGUAGAGUUGAACAAUCCCUCCAAAUCGGUGCUCAUUUCGAUUGGCUCUUCGGUCGUGAAGACUGGACGAGCUGUGGUUUCUGGAGCAGCGGCGGAUUCCUCGUUGGUCUCAGCUGGUUUCUCCUCAACUGGAAUCUCUUCAACUGUGGUCUCUUCAGCUGGGAUCUCCUGUGGAGCUUCGUUUGGAACAGCUGGAACUUCCUCAGCUUGUGGAGCGGCUUCGGUGACCUCUGGAGCAGCAGUUUCAGGAGCAGCAGCCGCAACGGUAGUUUCCUCGGCAGUUGGAGCGUCCGUCACUACUGCUUCGGUGGUCUCAACGACGACGACUUCAGUGACAACUUCUGGGACAUCAGUCUCGGCAGGAAUCUCAAUAGUUGUUCUACUUUUUUACUGUAG